AUGGCUGAUACAUCUAUUGAUUGUUCCAGCAACCUUGGAGUUGCCAGGGGAAAAUCAGACUUACAUAAUCAGUGUAACAGUGAUGAGAUUUCUGCAAAACAUAGUGCAAUUGUUGAAACAGAAUACUACACUAGGAAUAGUGAUUCCGAUAUUGAUUUAUCAGACACGUGUGGUGUGAAAGUUGGAACUACAGGCAAUCAGAAUCAGUUGAUGUGUAACAGUGUUGCCAGGAACAGUGAGGAAAACUCUCCAGUCUCAUCAUCAUCUGUAAGGGUUAGAGAUAGUGAAUUUGAUCUGGAAAAAAAUGAAAAUAAUACAGAUAAGAAGGAAAACCUAUUUCCUGGUUUUAAACGUGAUGAAUUGAAUGUUUACAUCAAGGCAGAUGUUGAUGACACAGAGGACAGUGAGGAUGGAAUCAGUUCAGGGGUAAUCAGUUCUAUGAACAGUGCGGAGAUAAAGCAUUCUGAAGAAACAGAUGCAGAGGAAGAUAACCACUCUGCAGAUGGAAAAAGAGAAAAUGAUUUGGAAGAGGUAGCUUUUGAAAGUGACGAUGAUAGUUCAAUUGAGAAUUUAUUAAGUUUGCACCGUGCAUCACAGUACACAAAUAAAUUAAAGCUAGUUGUUAUUGAUGAACAUGAAACUGAUCAGCAAAGUUUAGACAAUUUGAAGGAUAAAUCGAAUGAGAUUAGCCAUGUUAAAUCAUUUGCUAACUGUGAAGAAGGGACAAAAGAAUGUAAACAUGUGGAUGAAAACAUCGAAGAUUUAAUGAACUAUUUACUGUCAUUUGUAGCUUUUCAAAUUAGAGAUGUGUUUGUGUACAUGGCUCCAGAGGUAAAAUGGCACCCACCAGCAAUUGAUGAUAUUCCAUGGAACUGGCUGAAGGAGGAAAAGUGGAGAUUGCAUACAUACUCACGAUACCCUCAUGUUGCUAACAAAUCUGCAAUUCUGCUUGCCGAAGCUGGAUUUGCCUACAUUGGUUCAGGCAAGGGCAACGAUGACAAAGUGAUUUGUUACUUCUGUUGUGAAGUGAAACAAGGCUGGCUGCCAUCUGAUGUUAUUGCUGAAGUGCACAGGCGUUUGUCACCUGACUGCUCAAUGGUUACAGGGAUAAACUGUGACAAUGUUCCAAUGACCAGGCCGAAAGUUGGGCUACAUUUGUUUAGCCAACUUCACAACUACAGAGAGCUGCUUGCAAGUGAAAGUACAAGGCAAAAGGCAGGAGAUGACAUAGACAGAGAUGGUGCGGAAGCUUCACAUGUUUCUGGACAGGAAGCUAAUAAUCAUGGUAGACAGCCGUUUCCAGCACAGUCCGUGGGGCGUUCACAAGGUUCUGGACAGCAAAGUGAUAAUCAAGGUAUGCAGGCAUCUCCAACACACUCUGCGGGAAGCAAUCCGAAUGGCACAUCUGCACAUCUCCAAAUGGCAACACAGACCAUUAUGGGAGCAAGUAGUUCACUAAGAGGUCAGACAGCACCAGACACAGCAAGAUUCUCCCAACCCACAAGCUCUGAUGUACCUUCGACUACAGUCACUUCCAACAGUAUCCUCACCAGUUCUGAAUCUGAGACGGAUCCGAAUGGCCUUCAGGUGGCUGCCCCACAAGGAAGUCAAAUGAAUGUGCCCACUGAGACACAGAUAACAGAUACAUCAAACCAAAAUGUCCAUCAGCUGUCAGAUCAGACAGCAGUCUCUUCAUCUGCUACAGUUGUUUCACCAGCCAGUCAAGGUGAUAGUUCACACAACCAGAACUCUUCAACGGCAACAACAUUGUCAUCAGUUACCACAUCAACUACGAUCAGCUCAACAACGCCCGCAGCACCAUCAUCAUUGAACACUUUGGUAAACCAGAGUGCCACUCUGUCACAAGAAACCCCCUCUCAAAAUACCAGUGACUCCCAGAAUAGUGCCAGGGCAGGAAGAAACCCCACUUAUGGAGAGCUAGGCAUUAUCACUGAAAGACCAAAACGGUAUGAGUUUGCAGUCAGGGCAAAACGUCUUGAAUCCUUUGAACCUUGGCCAAGAGAUCACCAUUUGAAGAAAGAAGAUUUGGCAGAUGCAGGAUUUUACUAUGCUGGUUAUGGUGACUGUGCUCGCUGCUUCUACUGUGGGGGCGGGCUGAGGAAUUGGGAAGACAAUGACGAUGUUUGGGUGGAGCACGCUCGGUGGUUCCCCAAGUGUGCAUUCAUCAGACAGACAAUGGGGCAGCAGUUUGUUGAUACUGUUCAGGAUCUGAAUAAAAGCCAUGACCAGAUCACCUUUGAGAUGGUGACCAACAAAAUGGGCAGUUCAGCAACAUCUUUUCAGUUAGAUACCAAGAAUAUGCCACUGAAAAGAGACCCAGCUGUGAUCACUGUUCUAGCCAUGGGUUAUGAGGACAAGGAUGUGCUGGAGGCUGCUAACGCUGUUAAGGAUACUUGUGGUGUGCUGUCUGCAGACAAAUUGUUUGAAAAACUGGAGCAGGAUGGAAAGCGUAGAAGGACGACAGAGUCUCCAGCUGAAUCCCAGGCUAUUAGAAACAAUAGAGAAUCUAAAGAUGAAG